UGGGGGGGUGCACAUAUGCGUGCGUGGUGCACACGGGAGAGGGGGUGCACACCUGCGCCGCAGUGGCUAACGCGUGGGAGGGGCGCGCGGUGCACUGUGGGAGGCGGGUGGUGCCCGGCGGCGGUUUGCGGCACUGUCGUGCAGGCGGCGCGGCGCUUUGCGGCAGCCGGGCUCUUUGGCGGCCCGGGCGGCGCCAAGGCCGGCGGGAGGCGGAAGCGGAAGUGGGAGCGGGGCGGCCGCGGCGGCAGCAUGCUGCCCCUGUCGCUGCUGAAGACGGCGCAGAACCACCCCAUGCUGGUGGAGCUGAAGAACGGCGAGACCUACAACGGGCACUUGGUGAGCUGCGACAACUGGAUGAACAUCAACCUCCGCGAAGUCAUCUGCACGUCCCGGGAUGGGGACAAGUUCUGGAGGAUGCCAGAGUGCUACAUUCGCGGCAGCACCAUCAAGUAUCUGCGCAUCCCGGACGAGAUCAUCGACAUGGUGAAGGAGGAGGUGGUGUCCAAGGGCAGGGGCCGCGGUGGGUUGCAGCAGCAGAAGCAGCAGAAGGGCCGUGGAGCCGGAGGCACCGGGCGAGGUGUGUUCGGAGGCCGCGGCCGAGGGAUUCCAGGCAGCGGCCGAGGGCAGCAGGAAAAGAAGCCAGGCAGGCAGUCUGCAAAGCAGUGAGCAGCUGCUUGUACCCUGCCCAGGGACAGUGCUGGAGCCUGGCUGGUUUGUCAUCGCAGGGCUGCCAAGUGUUCAGAGGUGUUGGAUCCUUAGCCUGCCGUUAGUCAGCUGAACGGCACCCGAAUCGCAGCACAUUGCAUCGCGUGAGCCCCUUCAACCCUAGUCUGCUGGAAGACCUAGGUUCAUUUGUACUUUUUUUUUUUUUUUUUUUAGUUGGUAACUCCAUAAUUGGAAGUAUUUGCGUUGCUCUUUCCGUCGACAGAGGCUUGGGCCGCGGCUCUCCAGAGAAGAGCCAAGGGCUGGUUAAUUCUUUGGGCUCUCGAGUUUUAAUAAACAAAUGUCCUUCGCACUGUU